AUAAGACAUAACGCUGGCAGAUACCCAAAGCAAAAAGGCUCAGAUUAUUCUCUGCCCCUUCGUCGGCUCCACCUUUACUUGUUUUCUGCUCCUCGCAAAGCCGGGACCUCGCACAGCAAAGUGCGGGCCUGUGCGCUCUCUCUACUCGUUGCACACAGCCUCAGGAGGCGCAAACGCAUCCCUUUUGAGACACCAGCGUCGGGGGCGGGAUAGAAAUUCCUGGCGAUCAGCCCAUCCGCGAUGUCUGGCCCAUUCGUGUACAAUCCCCCCGCGUACGUUCCAAGCCCGUACCUAGUGCCGUACUUCAACCAGGCCCCGCCGUCGCCUUUCAUCCCGCCCCAGUUCGCGCCGGCACCACCGUCUACCGGGAGUUCGCGUCGCGUGCGCUUCGAGGAUGACGACGACGUCCCGCCCCUGACGUCCCGGCCGCGAUCAUGGCACGCGCCCCCGAUGCAGGUUCCUUCCUUCGCGACGCCUCCUCAGACCUUUGUGCCCCUGCCCCAGGCCGGGUAUCUUCACCCCCAGGCCGCGUUCGCACCGGGGCAUCACAGGAGCCGGUCGUUCGGGGGAUCCACGGCCACACCACCCAUGUUCACUCAGCCAUGGUACCUCUGCACACCCACCAUGCAGCCGGUGAUGCAGCCUAUUUCACCCAUGCCGGUAUCCCCCAUGCUGCUGCCGGCCGCAACACCCCCGCCUCCUCCUAUGCAGAUUCACCCGUACCUGAAUGGCGCAUCACCCCGCCCGGACUUUGUCUUCGACCUCAGCGCGAGCACCUUUCGUCCCAUGAAGAUCCGCCACGACGGCGAAGCGGUUCCCCUCGCGGUAGCGGACUUUGACCAACCCGCAACCCAUCCGCCGGUUUACCGCAUGCGCAUCACCUGCGACGCCAUACCGCAAUGGCCGAUCGACCUCGAAUACUCGCGUUCUCCGAGAUCCGUGCUUCUAGAGAUCCCGAGCCCGAGUGGCGGUUCUAUGGUUCCUAUCACCCUGCGUGAUGUGCUUCUCGCUGUCUAUCAGCAUCUGCAAACUCAAAUCACCCAUCUCGAUUGGGCACGCUUGUCGUACUCGGAGGAGGUAGCCAUAUCUCGCGCCUACACUCGCCGAUGCCGUGCGGCAUCUAAUCGGGCUGUAAUGGCUGAGCAGGCGGAAGCGAGCCAAGGAGUUAAGAGGAUCGACUAUUUAUUGGACCGUUACAUGUUCAAGGGUUUGGUUCGCGCGGGAGCGGCACACGAAGGAUUCGAAAACGUGAAGCUGAUGGUGGGACCGCGCUGACGAUCUUGGACGACGACUAUGUGCAUGACAAAAUCUAUAUAUAUCACUUCCAUUGCUCUCCUUCGUACGUAUGAUCUAGAUUGGAAAGGACAGUACAUUACCAUCGCUACGACUAUGUUUAUAUGUACAAUAUGUAGGACGAUGUCGAUGUGAACUGGAUGACGUUCAACAGUAG